UGCUCGCAGGGGGAGCGCCUGCCCCGCCCCGCCGGGCCGAAGUUGUGCCGUGGCAGAAGUUGCGGCCGCUUUCGAGCCGGGCGGUGCGGUCGGGGGAGCGCAUUUCGGUACCUGGUAAAUCCGGUGGCUUCAGAGAAGAGCAGCCCGGUAGCUCAGUACUUCCUUCUGCCGAUAAGAUCUUCGCCUGCGCUCGUCACGGGGGGCGGCUGCCGCCGCCGCUGCCCCGCUCGAAUCGGUCUCAGGCUCCUCCCGAGGCGAGCCGGGGAGCGGGAGAGCGGCGGGGCGGGAGGCGGCGAUGCGCGGGCCCGCGCGGCUCCCCACGGCCCCCUGCGCCCCGCGUGGUCCCGGUCCCUGCGCUGCCGGCAUAGCCGGCCGGGCGGCGGAGGCGCGGCUGGUGCCGGCAUGGGAACCUUAGGGAGAAGGAGAGAAAACCAGCAACCUGCCCAAGCAUGCAGCACGGCCCCUGAAUCAGCACUUGAGCUGAAGCAGAUCAGUCAUUGUCCCAGCCUUUCAACUUUUACCCAGGUCACGAUGGUGCCACUGGGACACUUAGCCAAAGGGGCCACUUUGGAAGAUCUGCUUGAAACCUGCAUUCAGUCUUUUGAUUUAGAAGGAAAUGCAUAUCAGAACAACCAGCUGCUAAAGAUAAUUCUGGCCAUGCAUCAGUUUAUCAUCUCUUCUGCAGACAUGCUCCAGAAACUCAUUGAUCUCUAUCUUAAUGCCUUGGAAAAUAAAUCUUCCAUGCUAUGUGUAAAGAUAUGCUAUUUUGUGAGGUAUUGGAUUACAGAAUUCUGGGUUAUGUUCAAAAUGGACUCUAAACUAUUGACAGCUAUGGAGGAAUUUCAAGAACUGGUUAAAGCUAAUGGUGAGGAGUUACACUGUCGUCUAAUUGACACAACACAAAUAAAUUCUAGGGAUUGGUCUAGAAAGCUGACACAGCGUGUAAAGGCCAACACCAGUAAGAAACGGAAAGUCUCUCUUCUUUUUGAUCACCUUGAGCCAGAGGAGCUGUCAGACCACCUUACCUAUCUUGAAUUUAAAUCUUUCAGAAGAAUAUCAUUCUCAGACUAUCAGAACUACAUUGUGAAUAGUUGUGUGAAGGAGAAUCCAACAAUGGAAAGAUCAAUUGCUCUUUGCAAUGGUAUCUCUCAGUGGGUGCAGCUAAUGGUUCUUAGCAGACCAACACCACAGCUUCGAGCUGAAGUGUUCAUCAAGUUCAUUCAUGUUGCACAGAAGCUCCACCAGCUGCAAAAUUUCAAUACAUUAAUGGCAGUGAUAGGAGGCCUCUGUCACAGUUCCAUUUCCAGACUCAAGGAAACGAGCUCAUGUGUUCCUCAUGAUGUAAUUAAGGUGUUUAAUGAAAUGACGGAACUGCUUUCGUCUUACAGAAAUUAUGAUAGUUAUCGACGUGCCUAUAACGAGUGCAGUAACUUUAAGAUCCCAAUCCUUGGGGUCCAUCUGAAAGACUUGAUAUCACUUUAUGAAGGCAUGCCAGACUACUUAGAGGACAAAAAAAUUAACAUAUACAAACUAUACUCUCUCUAUAACCACAUAAAUGAGCUGAUACAACUCCAGGAAAUGCCACUUCCCCUGGAGGCUAAUAUGGACCUUGUUCAUUUGCUUACACUGUCCCUUGAUCUUUACUACACAGAAGAUGAAAUUUAUGAGCUUUCAUAUGCACGAGAGCCACGAAGUCACCGAGCUGCCCCCUUGACACCUUCCAGACCACCAGUAGUUGCAGACUGGGCCUCAGGAGUAGCCCCAAAACCUGAUCCAAAAACCAUCAGCAAGCAUGUUCAGAGGAUGGUAGAUUCUGUCUUCAAAAAUUAUGACCAUGAUCAGGACGGAUACAUUUCCCAGGAAGAAUUUGAAAAGAUAGCCACCAGUUUUCCAUUCUCAUUUUGUGUAAUGGCAAAGGACUGGGAAGGCCUGAUUAGCAGGGAUGAAAUAACAGCUUACUUUAUGAGGGCUAGCUCAAUCUAUUCCAAAUUAGGACUUGGCUUUGCUCACAACUUUCAAGAAACCACUUACUUAAGGCCUACUUUCUGCGACAACUGUGCUGGAUUUCUAUGGGGAGUCAUUAAACAAGGAUACAGAUGUAAAGACUGCGGAAUGAACUGUCACAGGCAAUGCAAAGACCUGGUUGUGAUAGAAUGCAAGAGAAGACCCAAAACUUCAGUCGCAGACAGCAGCCCAACAUCUGCUCUUGCUUCAAGCCUCUGCCCAGUAGGAGUCAAAGAGCAAUUCCAUGGGCAAGAAGAAGGAGCAUUCACAUUUCCUAAUGGAGAAGCAGUGGAACACCAUGAAGACAGCAAGGACCGAACCAUUAUGCUCAUGGGUUCCUCAGCUCAGAAAAUCUCAGUGAGACUGAAACCAGCUGUGGUUCAUAAAGGUACACAGACUGAUCACGCACCGCUGGCUGGUGAUGCAUCUCAUAGGCAGACACAGAAGAAAGAACAUAGGAUGCCAGAAAAUCCUUACCUUCAGGCAGCUCCACCAUCCCCAUGUCCAAGCCCAAUUCUAGGCCGCAAAAAGGCAUACGUUAAAUGGGAAAACAAGGACUCCACACAGAAAAAGAAGGAGGAGCAUCACAGCUGUAAACCCUCAUACCGGGAACUUGAGCAGGAAAGAAAUAUUCUAAAGGCAGACAAUGAAGGUUUAAAGAUCCAACUGGAACAGGCACAUAAAACAAUUGAAUCUCUCACAAUACAGAGAAAAAACCAUGUAGUUGACAACCUACAACACGGAGACUGCUCCUAGCAGACAAGAGAGGAAAUCUCCUAAGGAGGAAUGUAAGACUGAAGGAAGGGUUGUGAUAAAGCUGCUUUACCAAGUGAACUGGAGAGACAGUCUGAAGGAUGUUAACAGAAAUAUUCUCUUUACUCAACACAUUUCCAUAUUAAACGUACACUCCUGAUUGUAUAAAUCCAUUCCUUUGACUUUUAAAGGUAAUUUAGCAUUAUCUGUGCAAUGAAAACAGUACCUUCUGGGUUUGCUUUUAAAAGGAGUGACGUUGCUGAAGUUUCUGUGGAUGAUGACAACCAUGUGGGUUCCCCAGUGGCUUGGCUGCCAGCAGCACACCUUACUCUACAAGUAGCUAUUCACAAGACUGCCACCUCAGAUUUGGCCCAAAUUCAGGUUUGUAGAAACAAAUGUUGAAUAAAGCUGAGUAUUUAAGUAAAACUGUACAAAUAUUCCACUAAGAGAAAGUGUCUUCUCAUUGUGGCUGAAACCAAUUAAAGUCAUGAAGUAAAGUGUCAUCUUUAUUUCCAAAGUUUAACAAGAAUAUUAAAAUAAGUAGUUAAGCUAAUAUUUGAUUAUUUGAUUCUUAGACUUUAAGAUGAACUGACAGUUUUUUUUUAAACCUCUUUCAGAGCUUUAGAAGUCCUGCUGCUCAAAUGUUUUCUUUUGUUAAGGUAAAAUAGAUGAGGCUAUAGAGAGUUUACACUGAAUACUGCCUCCAUUUUUGUGUUCCAUGCCACUGCUUGGAACACUUAGCUCUGUUUAUUUGGCUUAAGGGAUAACAUGUUGUCCACAUAUGGUAGAUAAGGGACAUGGUUGAUUAUUUUUCUCUCAUGUCAAAGUGGACACUGUUGUUGAGUAGAACCUCAAGGGCCGUAUUAUGAGGGGAACUACAGUAAUCCCAGUGCAACGGUUACUGUAUUCCAGAGAUCCUACCGUCUUCUGGUUCUAACCAAGGUUUCUUCACUUUCUGUCUCCUAGAUUUUACAGGCACUUUAGGUAAACAGUCAAGAUUGAGUGUGCUCUUCUGUGUGUAAAUUUUGUAUAGUAAAAGGUGCUAGGGAGGUAACUUAGUUUUCUUAAAGCUACAAAGUGUACAUAUUGUUAAGAGACAACAAAAUGGUCUUUCAAGUUACUGAUAAAUCUACUUGUCAGAAUAGCCAAUUUCAAAAUUGCAUUUACAUACCAAGAGAAACUGUAUGCUUACAGUUGUAUAAAUCUUGCAUUUAUCAAACAGGGAUUUGUCAUCACACAUUUAAACAUCAGAAACUUAUGACUUUGAUAUAUUUAUCUACAAAGUCCACUUAAUGCUCCUCAAAACUUGUAAGUUACAAGUCCAUUGUAGAUUGACAUUUAGUCAUCCUGUUACAAUAGCACAUGUGCUUUGUGUUCAGUGAUAUAAAUAUACAUUCUAUCCACAGUUUACAGCAGGUAUGCAAAUGCUUUAUUUAUUAAAAAAAAAAAAGUCUAUUUGAAACUACUUGCCAGUUUAGUGUUUCUAAAUUCUUGUUUUGAACUUGGAUUGUGCUUGCAUCUUCAUGUAUAAGUAAAAACAAACAGAGGGAAGUAGUAGUAGUAUACUGAUUUUGUUACCUUACUGUAAAUAACUGAAAUGCAUAGGACAAAACCCAGCAGCUGUGAAGAUUGUGCAGCUUUUUUUUCUCAUACACUAAACCUGAAUUUAUUAACAAUUAACAACAUGUAAUUGCACUUUGAUCAGUGAAGCAAUCAGAAAUUGAUACAUGAUUAUAAAUUUGUACAGUCUUAAAUGCUAAUUUAAUGUUUCUCUGUAUUGUCUUCUCAUUCCUACAAAUGAUCUGAGUGACUUAAAAGGGAUCAGCUUGCAGGAAUGUCUUACAGAACAAUUAUGUGGUGCUUGCUUCGUGUAUGCUGAAAACUUCCUGCUUCAAAGAAGUCAGUUGAUAGCUGGAGAAUUUCAGAGCUCUCAAAGUACCUUCAGGUUCUCUGCCCAAAGCCCCUUACAAUGUUUUUUUUCUUUUUUUUAAAUGGUCUUAGUCCCUUCUUCUUUCUUUUUGGACUUCCUUUUUCCUGCAUGAAAGACUAAUAUCAGAAACUGACUACAGGGAUACUGCUAAAACUGACAAAGCUACUGAAGAAAAAUCACUCACAUCUGUAUUACUAUUCAAGCUGCUUGAUGCUAGGAAAAAAGAUACAAUUAAAGUACUAAGUGCUGUUUAAGAGUCAUGUUAGUAAACAGUGAUAUUCAAAUUUAUCUUGUCAUGGCUAAUUUAAAUUAAAAGUGCUCACCUUUAUUCCUUCUCCAGGCUCAGCUUUGUUUCAUGUACAUACACGAAGGAAGAAAAAACAAGUGUGUGUCCUCCCACCCCAACGACUGUUUAUUUUUUAAGUGUGAAUUCUGAUCGUUCAAAGAGAAAAAUAAAUAGAUUGAGUAAUAUCACAACUAACAAGGCAAGGCUACUGUUCAUAUUCUGAUUAAACACAACUGUCUUUAAGGUAGCUUAUAUAUAUUUUGGGAAAUGCAUUUUUGUUACAGUAGCAGUCUGUUAUUUUAUUGUAACUGAUCUCUGUGUCAACCUGAAAAACUUUUGUUUCAGUGCUGUUUGAGAAGAUUAAGAAAAUGUACAGACUGUAAAGAAUUUAUAUAAAUUGUAAUAUUUCCGUUUACUAUUUAUAAUAGAAAAAAAAAUUAAAGUUGCACUUGAUGCCUCAGUUUGUAUCUCAAAGAAAUCUAAACCACCUCUAUUCAUCUUCCUUGACUCUGUCAUCUGAUCACUUCUGCAGGAUUAACCCAGUACCAGAGUCCCUAGUCUAGCUUCACCUUCUGUGAGCCAAGCCUUGGAACGCUGCCUCAGACAGCUUAGGAAGCCAGGUACUUGCAGAUUGCUCUUUUGGUAUUUUAGUGGUUGACAGAGUACACUGUUUUGCUACUCACUAUUCCAAGUAUUAUAAACCACAAUUCUUUGUUAGCAAAAUCUCUCACUUUUGUUAAGAAUGAUAACUCUGAAACGAUUUACAGCAUGAUAACCAAGUUUCAACAAGGCUUCUGCCAUGUCUGCUCAUGCUGGCUAUUACACAGGCACCACUGUCGCAUCCCGAAGACUUGCUGAUCUCUACCUUGUAGUAAACCUCAGAAUACCUGAUCUCAAAGAUGCUUUUAUAUGGGGUAAUGAAGAUUCAUUCAGUUGUCUUCAAUCAUCUGAGGGAGGUGAGGGAAGAAGACAAGGAGUGCAGACUAGCUACUGAAAACACAAUUCUUCUUUAUAGGAGCUCUACAGUCUUGUACAUACAGAACAAGUUGUGUUUUACUUCAUUAUAGAAAUGAAAAAAAAAAAAGAAAGAAACUUCAGAAGUAAUUGGAAGAUUUCCAUAAUUACAUAACGACAAAAUUAUUUUUUUUUAAUUAAGAUAAAAUUUUUUACUACGAUAAAAUUUAACUGAGAUUCCUUAGUAAUCCCAGGUAAUAUAAUAGUGAUAUAUUUGUGACAUGCUCUGUCUGUUGAAAUUUUCCUGUAUUGUUACCUACAGCCUUUUUCAUUUUGGUCAAAAUACAGCUGUUAUUUUUCAUCAUAAAAAGUAAGUUCCAUCACCAUUAUAAAUCAGCAGCAGGAAUUCUUCCUUACAAACACAGGAGGAACAAAUGAUAGUGGAUUCAAAUCACACUACACAAGUGAUGCAAAUAACUUCAAAUACAGUACUUUAUUCCUCAGUGUUUACAGCUGUUAACAAAAGUAUCUCUCCCAAAUCCUGAAAAAACCCACUCACCUAUUUUUCAAUUCUCAAAUAAAACAAUAUUCAUAUAGAUAUUCACUAAGUGUGAUUAAACACAAAAAUGCUCACAAGCAUGUAUGAAAAUCUUUUACUUACAGCAGAAUUUUUGAAAAUGCCUUUUUUCAAGAUAAACAUACAAAAUUUGAGAAGAAGUUUAAAUCAAUUAUUUUCAUGGUAUUGCAUCUUUUGAUAAAUUAAAAGCAUACGUUCUGACAACAUAGGACAGAAAAGGAUACCUCUAUGAAAUGUAGUGGUGCUUACAUUAGUUUUCAAGUACUGGAUUCACAUUUUGGAAUUAUUUAAGAAAAACUGAAAUGGUCAAAUUAAAAAACCAAAA